CCGCCUCCUUCCUGCGCCCUUCUCUUUCUCCUUCCUUGCCCCCCUCCCUGUUCCAUUGGCAGCAGUGACCCAAUGAAGCUAUUUUGAAAGUGACCCCGCAGUAGCUCAGCCAAGCUAGCAGCAGCUGUCGGAAAUCAUGACUGAAGAUGACGGAUUCCGCGGUAGUGGUGGAGGGCCAGCUCAAGUGGAGAGAUGGAAAAAAGUGGAAGAAUAGAUGGGUGGUGCUGCGCAAGCCUUCCCCGGUUGCGGAUUGUCUGCUCAUGCUGAUAUACAAGGAAAGGUGUGAACGACUGAAGGGAUUAAAAGAACGAAGCAGCGUGACUUUGGAAGACAUCUGUGGUUUAGACCCUGGGCUCUCUUAUGAGGGUCUGAAUCAUACUCUUGCCAUCAUCUGUUUGACACAAGUUGUUAUGCUGGGUUUUGAGAACAAGGAAACUAUGCAUGCCUGGGAUGUACGCAUCCGCUACAGUUUAGGUGAAGUCCACAGGUUUCAUGUUGUGGUAGCACCUGGAACAAAACUGGAAAGUGGUCCAGCAACUCUCCACUUCUGCAAUGAUAUUCUAGUGCUAGCAAAGGACAGCCCACCCUCUGUCAUGGGGCAGUGGAAACUCUCAGAUCUACGGCGCUAUGGAGCUGUCCCUAAUGGCUUUGUCUUUGAAGGAGGAACUCGAUGUGGUUUCUGGGCUGGUGUCUUUUUCCUCUCUUGUACCGAAGGAGAGAAGAUUAGCUUUCUUUUUGACUGCAUUGUUCAUGGCAUCUCUCCAAUGAAAGGCUCUUUUGGCUUACAUCCAGCCUUACCAGAUCCUAAUACAAAUCCAGCAUGCACAGAAGAGAGAGUGGCCCAGGAAGCUUUGCAGUUAGAGAAGCGCCUCAGCCUUCUGUCCUGUACAGGUUACCAUGGCAGUGGAGGUGAUGACAAAAGUCUAUCAAGCUCAUCUUCAGACACAAGUCACUCUGAUACUAGCAUUGGGAACAAAUUGAUUAUUUGGCCUGAUCAGUCUUCAACCAGUGCUUCUCAGGAGAGUCAUGGACUGCCUGUAGCUAAAGGCAUUCAUCUUGGAGAAGAAAGGUCUCAUUCAGAAGCUAUCCGUGGCAUCAUCAAGCCACCUUCUAAGCUUCUUCACUCUCGGCAGCUACAAGAAAUUGGUCGCCAAAGUUCUUCUGACAGUGGAAUAGCUACUGGAAGUCACUCUUCGUACUCUGGAAGUAUCUCCUCCUAUGCUGGAAGCCUAGACAUUUGCCACGGUGAUGAAUUUGGAUCGCUGCUGAGCCUGCCAUUGAACCUUUCUUCAGACCAGAAUGCAUGCACUUGCCCAACUGGUGAGCAGCAGAGGAGUCCUGGCUUGGAGUAUCAGGUUCCCAGCAACCUUAGGCAUAUGUACGACACCCCCAGGAGUUUGUUACAGGCAUCUGCUAAAGAUUUACAAAAUAAAAGUGCAGAUUCAUCACUGUCCAAGGACCAGGCACCUCAAAGAAUUAGUGAUCUGAAAUUCCCAGCGUCGUAUCUGGAAACACAAGCUGCUCCUGAACACAGCCUAGAAAAGGGACUACAGGCAACCCUUUCUAUAGAAAGUACCAAAGACCAACUCCCUGAAGCAAGUCCUAAUUUUGUGUCAAGAUGGUCACAUCUAAAACAGAAAGGACAGGGGUUAGACUCUAGAAGUGCUGAGGUAACAGCUUUCGGCGGACUCUCCAGUAGCCCAUGUGAAAUAUGUAGCUCUCCUUCAGGGACAAUGCAAGCUGUCUUUUCAUCCUGUCCAGUCUGUGGUGGGCUUAAGGAAACUUCCAUUUUAUCAUCUGCAGUCUUACCAGCUAACUCAGGCCACAAAGGGAGCUAUGAAUUGAUGUCAGCUACAGAAUCUGAAUCUCUAUCUGAUCUUGAAGAAGUUGCAGGAGCAGUAGGUUAUUCAGCAGACCUACCUAUGUCUGAUCGAUUGCGCAGUGAGAUGGCAACAUACGUUAAUAUUCCUACCAGCCCCACAUCAAAGAAACAACUUCAUUACAUGGAGCUGGAACUUCAGGAACCCACUACAAGCAUAAGAGGGAGUGAAUCAACAAAGUAUGCGCAGAUUGACAUUACAGCAACAGAGACAGCCCAUAAAGUGGGGACACAACAUGCACAGUUUCGAGAAGAACGCCUGCAAGAACUUGAACAGAAGAAGAAAAGCAGCCAAAUGUCUUCUUUAUAGGAAAAAAACGAAUUAGCUAUCUCCAAUACAGUACUUUUCACUAAAUGCUGCCAUUUUUUUUUCAGAUUUAUACCAGAUUCAUUCCAAUCUAAUAAUUUCCAUUGGAAAGCUGGUAGCAUGGUGUGUGUGUGUGUGUGUGUGUGUGUGUGUGAACACAUUGCUUGUAAACAUGUCCUGUAGAUCAUUUGUGUUGUAAUUUUGUUAAUAUUUUGCCAAAUCGGGUAUCCUCUCUAAAAGAUUUACAAAUGGAGGCAUUGAAUUUAAAGCAAUUUGAAUAUGUGAUAAUAAGGAUGUAAAUGUGGCUCUGUAUACAAGAAGUCUAUACAGUAUGUAUAUGGACAAAAUACUUGUUUUGUUAAGAGUUAAGGUGGCUUUUCAUGUUAUUUUUCAAGAUGUCAAAGCUAGAAUAUCAGCAAAUAUUAUGUUAGCAUCAGAGUUUGUGGCUGGUGCUGCAAGAUGGAAAAUGGCUUGCACAACCCCAACUUUAUUGCCAACUACUAUUUGUUUACAGUCUAUUUCUUAUAAGCCAUGGGUGGAAACCAAGCGUACUGCUCAGCUUGGAGAGCAGUUUUGAUCCACCAGAUGCCUCUGCUAAUGCAGGAGGGGUGAUUUUUGGCAAUUCUCCCUUUUCCUGUGGCACAUUCCACAGUGUUCUAGAGGGACCCCCAUUCUCUGGGACAGAUCUGGACAGAACACAGCAGUCUACAAAAAUUGUCUCUUGCCUUUCCACAAGGAGAAUUUAUCUACCCAGGAUGGUGGUGGUGGUGGUGGUUAAAUUCAUUUUUGUACUGCCCAAUAGCCAAAGCUUUCUGGGUAGUGUACAACACUUCCUGGACCAGGAUCACAAUACAAUAAGGUAACUUUAUAAAUGCAAAAAUUAAAACCAAUUGGACAGCUAAAACAAUGUUUGAUACAGAAUAGACCUGAAAUGUGUGCCCCUAAUAAGUCAUUAAAUUACUUUAUAUGUCUUUAAAUGCCUUGGCACAGAGGGUUGUCUUAAGAUGGCAAAGGGAUAGCAGAGUUGGCACAAAGCAAGCCUGUCUGGGAAAAUUGUUCCAGAAUCGGGGCUGCCACUUAGAAGCCAUCCCUGUGCCUCCCUGAAGAAGGCUUCAGAUGUUAAUCAUACACUCCACAUAGAUUUUGGUGGGGAGAGGUGCCACAUCAAGUAUUGUAUUUCCAGGCCAUGAAAGGCCUUAUCAUUUAAAACCUGUACCUUGAAUAGGGUUCAAAAGAUAGAGACAGCAAAUGCAGGUAGGCCAGAAUUCACAUUACAUGUUCAGAGCUUUUAGUCCCAGCUAUUAAUCUGGCUGUCAUUUUUUACACAACCUGCAGCUUUUAAGCAGACUUCAAGGGCAGACCCGCAUACAGUAUAUUGCAGUAAAUCUUUCUUAGAGGAUAGAUUAUUGAAACCAGACUAUCUCUGUCCAGAUAGAGGUGUAGUUAAGCCACCAGCCAAAGCUGGUAGAAGGCACUCAAUGCCACUGAGGCCACCUGAGACUCAUGUGACCCAGAUGGCUCAAGGAGGACACCUGCUCCUCCAAGGGGAGUACAGAACCAUCUGGAAUGGGUUGAACUCUGUCCAGCUGGUCAGAAGAACCACCCACUCACAGCAUCUCAGACUUGUUCAGAUUGAGCUUCGGUCUGUUAGCCUUCAUUCAGUCCACUGUCCAGUCCACCACCUCAGUCAUGCACCAUUUUAGCAUAUGCACAGCCCCACCUGAUGGGGGUGAACAAGGAGAAGUAGAACGACAUGGCAUGAUUGAAGUACAUGGUUAGCAUGUACUCUAAAAUGCUGGAUGACUCCACCCAGUGGUUACAUGCAGAUGUUGAAUAGUAGGGGGAUAAAAUCAUUCUCUGAGGAGCACUCAAAGAUGCCGGAGAAUACACAGGGUUGAGCAAUAUUUCCCAGGUACCAUCUUCUGGAGCUGGUUAUCCAAGUAGAAGCAGAAGCACUGCAAUGCAGACCUUCCAUUUCCAGUUCACACAUUCACCCAAGAAGAAUACCAUGGUAAAUGGCAGUGAAGGCUGCUGAGGAUCCAGGAGUAGGGUCACAGCUCUCUCUCUUUCUAGCUGUCCUUGCAUAGCUCAUUAUGUGUUAAAGAAUGUACACAUUACAGUGUAACAGUAAGAUAUUCCUGAUCCUUUACCCGCUGCAGAAGGAGCAUUGCUGCCAGUGUAGGCAACUGACCUGUCUGGCAGGUGGAGCAGUGUUUUGCCCCACUUCCUAGGCUCCCCCUACACUGUACCUUGGGUUUAGCUGUUGCCCAGAGCCUUGGUCUUGGCAACAGAGCAAGAAACCCAAGACAACAGCACUGACCUUUGGGUGGUGUCUUGGUUUUGUAGCUCACCAGAUUAUGUGGUAAACAAAAUAAUAAUAAACUGAGAAUACUGAAGUCAGCAAAACUACUCCAAGUAAUGUGCUAAAUAUACCAGGCAAGGCAUUGUACAUAAAUCAGCUGAAUCUCUGGUUUACAGUAAAGACUGGACAAAUCUAUUAUAUCAGCUCAAAUUGAAUUUUAUUUCUUUGGUGGAACCUUAUGAAAAGCAACAUGUCUGGCAAUCUAAUCUCUUGACAAUAUAGAUGGUCAGUUACUUUUUUAAGGGUUUUUUUUUCUUUUUUCUUGUCUUUUCUUUUUUUACACAAAGCAUUUUUCUACUAAAGCAAUGCCCUGACCUUGUUUUGUUCAUUUGUUUUGGAAGCAACUUGUAGCUCUGGAUCUAACAGUACCAUAUUACAAUGACUGGAUGUUCAUUCCAACUUUCCCUUUAUCAAAUCCAGCAUGCUUUUUAUAGUGUAGAGUCAGCUGAAUAUAUUAUUCUCGUCCACACUUGAUGACCAUGUCACUUUGUUUCUUUACCUCACAAUGUAUGUAGCUUUGGUUUGUUUUUACUGAAUCGUGCAAGGGAUAAUUUAUGCAGAAUCAAUGCUUCCUCUUGAAAAUAUGGAUUUGCAUUUGUAUCUCCAAAGUUUCCCUCAAAAUAGUGGCUAAAAUAAACACGUAAAAGAAU